AUGUGCAACGCGUACUCCAUCACCUACAAGUGCGGCCACGUCCAGUACGCCCAAGGCCUGCCCUGUGGAAGACCCGACUGCUCUGCCCCUUCCAGACAAAUCCCUUGCCACCAGAUUUGCCUCGACUGCACAGACUACGAGUACAUGGGCCUACGCUUCUCUAACAAAAACCAGCGUUGCUCAAACAUGGACGAACCAGCGGCAGUGAACGCGCUGGCUCCCCCUUUUGAAGACUACAUGUGUGAACCCAGCUUCGAUGUCGAGAUGGUCGACCCGGCCAUCUACAGCGACAUGCUGGGCAUCCAGGACGACAUCAUCUCCUUUAGUCCACUAGAGGAGCCCAUUGACGCCCUGACAGGCCGCAGUGCCCUCUCGCCACCGCAGCUACAGAACACUAUCGAGUUUAUCCAGCUUGAAGCCCCCGUUCGAUCCCACUACAUGUACCCGUCUCCUAUCAACUACUUUGCCGGAUGGGACCCCUUGGAACAACAGACUCACACACACCCGGGAUACGGAGACUACGUGACUAGCCUAGAUGAAGCAGACAUUCAUUGUCCGUUUGCUGCUCCAGCUCCUACUUCUGCAUCUACCUGCUCAGACAACAAUGAUACAGUCACCGAGCAGACUACCCCGUCCCCCUCAUUCUUCAGCCGUAGCUGCAACGAGAUGUCUCUGAGUCCCGGAACCCCUGAAGACAGACUGUUUCUCACCAGAUGCCUAACUUCACGUGAACUUAGCCCUACGCCAGGCGCCCGCGGCCACGAAACCUUUGUUGAAGCAGCUUCCGCCAUACUCGACCUACCCAUCUCUUGGCGCGGAAACGGGACCCUUCGCGAGUUUCUAGAUGAAGAAGAUGAAGACGGCUAUCUUCCCGACGAUGAGGAAGACGAGGAAGAAGAAAUAGACUACACUACCCCUCAACCCACCAAGAUGCGUCAGCCUGACUUCCAUCGUAGUGAUUAUCAGGUGUUCCCGGACCUAGGGGGUCCAAAGAUCUCGCUUGGGAGUGCGUCAGCUAGCGAUAAUUCUAACCUUGGCGCCCUUGACCAGCCAAUGGCAGACGACACUGCAACUACCGACAUUGUUGAUACUACAGCUACCAAAACGGCUCCUCCUACUUCUGCUGCUGCUGCUGCUGCUGCUGCGGAAAAGAGCGUAAAGGGCGUCGACCCCGACACUAAAACAAUCGGACCUUUUUCUCUCGCUCCGACCGCCGAGGUUGGGCCGUCCAACAUCUAG